AUGAGUGACGCCCUGUGUGGACCGUCGAACGCACUGCAAAACUUCCAGAAGCAUGCCUCUGUUGACCGGACACUGCAGCAAGAUAGGCUGAUUUCACGGCAGUCUCCUUCACAGGGCUUUCGCUCAAAGAAUUCGAAUGAAGGUAUACUGGAUUCCGAAUUUGCUGCCUUCGAAUCAAACAGUCCUGUGGGAGCGCCUCUACCCAACCUUCAACACGAAGGUCACUUCGUGGCUCCGGCCCCCCACAUGCCUAUGCCCCAUGCCGCGGAGGCGCCGAACUGGGCAGCCGAUUUCCAAAACCUUCAUAUCUCGGGGCCGUCGCGAGCCAUUAAUUACCAACCAGGGCCAUCAGCAGCUCCGAUGUCGAAUGCGUCACAGCAAGGUUGGCACGGUGAAUUCUUAAGGCAACAACAACAACAGCACAGGCCUGCAUUACAGGAGAAUCAGGCACUCGGUCAAAGGUUUCAACAAUCAUUUACCCCGAACUACACCAUGAAUAACUCAAUGGCUGUUUAUGCACCUGGACCAGAAACAGUGCAUGUCUCGAGGACCGAAGAAUUUGAUGAAUCUGCCUUUGACGCUGCGUUUGAACAGGCCAAGGCGGACAUGGCAUCUCAGUUCGAGGAGUCACUCGUUGAGACAAACGUUACUGAAUCGAACGCCAAUAAUGAAGAUCAGAAAGAAGAGGCCCCUGCUCAACAAAUUGGCCAUGAAACGAUAAGAAUUGGGUCGGACACCAUCUCACAAGUUGACAAGGACGAUCCUCAAGCGGCGGCGAACGAUGCAGACGAACUUGCUCGCACCGCGGGCCAUUUGUUGAACAGCGUCAGCCAUGAGACGAAUCAAAAGUUCCGAGAAAGCAAUUUCCUGGCAUUAAUGCGGCGCAUUCGAGACCAUGAGGUCCAACUCGAGGGUGAUGAAUUUCGCGAAACUGCGCAGUCUUUACAUCCCGGUGGGCCGUAUUACCCGGAAGGCAAACGGCAGCAGAAUCUUGAGGAGAAACGAUUAUGGAGGCCGAUCGGCGAGAACAAUGCUCAUGUUGCGUCAAACCACAGCAAUAAUACCUCAGAACGCCUCCCAUCUAGUGCCAAAAGCGUUCGGAGGUUCGACACACCGACUGCCAAGCCAAAGGAGAGUUCGGAGUUAAAAAGCGACCAUGAUUCGAUGUACGCAAGCUGGAAUCACGGUGACCGUUGGGCUUAG